AUGUUGAAAUCGUCCACUCUCGCUGUCUGCUCGUCCUCAAAUCUCCCCACCUUCAUAUGGCCGUUCCCUUCGAUAACGUCACCAUCUGCGCCCACGCGGCCACAACUUGCCAAACCAGUCCAACAGCCACAGCAGAGGAGGCGAGGUCCCCGUAGUUAUGCCACGGUGAACGAUAGAUCCAGAAGCUGCUCGGGUUCCCCACCGCCCUCAAAAUGGCCAUCGUGUGCCAAUCCAACACCCUAUCAGAUCUUCGACCAGCAGAAGAAGGCGCCCUAUAGUAAAGCCCGCUUCUACGAGCUCGUCAAGAUAUACCAUCCCGAUAGACAUCGACAGACGCCAGGGGACAAACUGACAGACGAUGCGCGACUAGAGAGGUACCGGCUUGUCGUAGCCGCCAACGAGGUCUUGUCCGAUCCCACAAAACGCCGCGCGUACGACCUAUAUGGUGCCGGUUGGAAUUCCAUUCGUUCUAUGGAUAGUACCACCUACCGUCAUGCCGACACAAGCUGGCGCAAGGAGCCCGGUAACCCCUCAAUGAAUGCGACGUGGGAGGAUUGGGAGAGAUGGUAUGGAGAACGAGACGGCAGACCGAAGCAGAAACAGCAGCCCGUCUUCAUGAGCAACGAGCUCUUCGUCGUUGUGCUGUGUGGUUUUGUCGUCGCAGCUAGCAUGGGUCAGGCCAGGAGAGCAAGUACCACAACAAUGAACAUUGUCGAGAUACGCGAUCAGCAGCAUGACGCCAUCAGCAGUGAUAUUAAGAGGAGGAGGAUCGAACAGGGAGGGUUGACCAGGCACGAGAGAGUCGAGAGCUUCUUGAAGCAGCGAGAGGGGUGGAAUUCCCCUGCUGCGACCGUGCCACAUGGGCGACAAGACGAUCAUGAUAGCAAAAAAGAUUGA